AUGGCGCCAUCAGCCACCCAACAGGUUCUCCUGAGCCCUGCAGAGCUCUCAUACCUCCAUACAUCCCUCUCACUCACCCCGACAAUCCGCCCUGAUGGCCGUACACCGAGCCAAUUCCGACCCUUGAUCGCAGAGACGGACAUCUUGCCAGGCACAAAUGGUAGCGCGCGUAUCUGUUUCGCCGACGGGACAGAAGCAAUUGUGGGAAUCAAAGCAGAGGUGGAGAAAUCUCGGCCAAGCUACCAAGACCAGAACAUCGGCGGAGACGACGAUGACGAGGAAGAUGAGGACACAAGGAGAAGUGAGAAAGAGGCAGAACAGAAGAAGGGGUUGAAUGAAUGGGUUGAGAUGAGCGUGGAGAUUCCUGGCUUUAGAGAUGAUGACCCGAUGCCGGUUUUCUUGGCGGCGAUGAUCAGUGAGGCGUUGCUUGCUGACGGGGAGUUUACGAGGCGGUUGUGGAUCAAUAGGAGGUUUCAUUGGAAGUUGUAUUUGGAUAUUCUGUUGCUCUCGCAGCCACUGUCGUAUCCUCUGCCGCUGCUGUCUCUCACCACUCAUCUUGCUUUACUUUCUACAAGACUGCCAAAGUUAAAGUCAGAGCAAGAUGAGGAUCCACUAUUCGACGAUGACUGGGAAGCUUCUCUCUUUCUCUAUCCACGGACUACCGAAACUACUAGUGCUCGUCCACCUGUCACGCUUCUAGUUAUGGCUGUGAAGGACAACAUUAUUUUCGAUCCGUGCAAGGAGGAGCUUGCUGUUGCGGAAGUGGUACUGGCUGUCUCAAUUGGAGAGAGAUCUCAUGGAGUUGGAGGAGUUGGCAUGGAUAUUGAUGCUGGAAAGAGCAGAGAUUUGAGAUUGUUGGCUGUUAGGACUAUUGAUCCACCGUCAAGGCUGACGCCUCCUGGAGUACCGAAUGCGUCGAACACUGCUACAGGAGGUACAGCUGCUACAACGGAGCAGACAUCGACUCAGCGGGAGACCUUGGAUGAAGAAGGCGUUUGGCAGCCUCCGAGAGGUGGAGCCAAGAGGAAGUUGAUUGCUGCCAUGAUAAAAAAAGUGCUAGAACAAGGAGGCGUUGCGGAGGACGUAUUGGAGGGUCUUGAGGCGGUAGAGUUGGGCUAG